AUGAAUUCAAUAGUGGUAACUCUGAUUGAUGAAAAUACAAAAUGGUGGGAUAUUGAGAAAGUUAGAAGAAUCUUACCACCUAGAGAAGAAGCUGAGGUGCUCAAUAUGAUAAUGACUCUAGAGAGUAGACCAAAUAGUCUUGUAUGGGAGCAUGAAAAGAGUGGGGCCUUUAGUGUGAAGAGUGCAUAUCGGUUUUUUCAAUCCCUUGGCCAUGUUAGGCAAACUGGUGAGGCUUCAAAUGCUGAAGAGCAGAUGAAGAUGGAUUUUGUUCAAAUUGCAUUAACUAUGCUGAGUAGAGGAAAUAUUGGGGAGAUAGAGAAGUUGUUUUUGAUGGCUUGGGAUAUGUGGUAUAGGAGAAACCAGAAACUUUAUAAAGAUAAUGUUCUUUCACCUGAGCAGGUUGUUGAUCAUGCAUUAUCAUUAAAUCAGGAGCAUAAAACAGCUGCAGAAGAACAGAAAAAAGGGAUGAAAGCUCGUUGUUGUUGGUUGCCACCACCUACAGCGGUUCUGAAAUUGAAUAUAGAUGGAGCACUUUUCCUUGAUCAAUGCAGAUCAGGUGUGGGGAUGGUUUUAAGAGAUGAACAUGGGAAGGUUAUUUUCUCUGCUAACAAACCAGAACAUGAAGUGCAGGAUCCUAUGAAAAUUGAACUUAUUGCUAUUCUGCGAGGUUUACAGAUGUGCAUUCCCUUGGGUAUAGCUGAGCUGCAAGUAGAGAGUGACUUCUUGUGGUACAAGAAUUGA